AUGCCUAAACGUUCGCGCAAGCCCUCUAAAAAGACGCGCUCAUCAAAGAGCAGCACCGCAUUGGAAUUUGAUAGCGCCAGCAUCCCCACAGUUAUACACCCACCCUCCUCAAGACUUUGUGGAAGCUGCGCAUCCUUAUCAUGGCCAUUGAUACGACAACCUUGGAGGGCAGUUAUCGAGUCUGUGCCACUCAAUAAAACGUUCCGUCAUCUCCAGGACUCAGCCGAUCAAGGCUAUCUCUUGUGCCGAUUUGCCUGGUUAUCGUUGGUCACUAAUUGCACCUUCACCACAGAUGAUACAGAGUUGUUGGGGAAAGGAUCCGUCGCAUUGUGGUUUCUCGUGUCUGGCAGUUAUCUAAACCUGUGGGCUGAAAUGGGACACAAGGACGAGUUGGACGCUUUCAAGGACUGGGAUUCAGUAACACAGUUCAAGAUUGUGAUGAGCCCCAACUACACGGAUUGGUAG